AUGGCCAGGUUGCCGCUGUGGAUGGGUGGUGUCGAGCCCAUGCUGCUGCUGCUGCUGCUAUCUAGGUACCUAGCAGGUACUUUUACCAUGGGCUUCGAGGCGUCUGACGCAAGCCGCCAAGCCUCUGGACAAAGUCGCCAUGUUUUGACGCCUUUCUCAAGCACUUGCCAUCUUCUAUUGCUUCCAGUACGUAGUCUCCCGUAUGCUCCUAGCUUAGGUAGGCGCGUAUCUAGCCGCUGUGGAGACGUGACCACCAUCCAUUCCAUCCCGCCACAUCCCAACCCAGCAUACAUAUGCUGGCUCGCCUCUGAUGUCGGGUCCAUGUUGCAGCAUGUUCCAGACGUCUUCAACUUCUACCGCGCCAUUCUCCGGAAGCACGUCUACACUCCUGAUACAAGCCGUCAAGCCUCCUGUCGCUCCCGACGUUUCCUUCUUCUCAUGCAGCCUGGUCUUACAGGUGGCUAUGUGUAA